ACUCAUUGUAACGCGCUGUAAAAGCGUGCUGUACACCCAUGCUGCCUCCCUUUCUGGUCCUGCGAACCACAAUGGCCAGGAUCCUGUGAGCUGCCUCUCCGUGCAGACGCGCCUCACAGCAGCAGGAGCAGCUGCAGCUCCUCGGCGGCAGAUUCGCUGACACCGACACGCAGGUGAAGGAAUAUGAAACGCUUCUGAGAUAAAGGUCAAUGUGGUCACUGAAGCAGCAAUCAAAGAUAGUUGUCAUUCGUCGUGGAUUUUUGAAGCCUGUCUCUAUAGCAACCCAUUUGUCCUCCUGAGCGCUGCUGCCAAGUUACCCUCUCUGCCACACGGCAAGUCUCUCCUCAUCCCCCUGUCCAAUCACCAUCUCUGAACUGCGUCGGUAUGGACACGGAGUCGACCCACUCUGGCUACUCCUAUCACUCCAGUCGCUCCGGGAGAUCAAACCGGCAUGGAGAUCGAAGCUGUGAGCGACACAAAGCCAGCAGCAGUAAAGACAGCAGCCGCUCGGAGAGAUCUGUGGUCAUCAAUCCCCCCGACACGCCUUCCCAGGACUCCCCGGUUCAUAACGGAGAACCGCUGCCUGGAGAGCCCACACCUGCAGCAGAGCAAGGAGAUGAGGCGCAGGAUGAUAACUGGGGAGAAACCACCACCGCUGUCACGGGAACAUCAGAGCUCAGUGUUUCCCAGGAGGAGGUGGUGGGCCUGGGGAAAGGAAUACAGGACCGGACCCAAAGCUUUCGCCGUUACCUUCCCUUGGCUGUGGGCUCAUGCGUGGGGCUGCUGGUGCUCGCCACGCCCUUGGUGUUCCUGCUUCUUCCAGCAGUAAUGUGGCCCGACAGGCUGCAGGUCUGUGGUGCAGCCUGCGAGGGGCUCUUCCUCUCCAUUUCCUUCAAGCUCCUCAUCCUCCUGGUAGCUGUUUGGGCCUUGUUUCUGCGACCCAGCCGGGCCUGCCUGCCAAGAGUGUGUGUGUAUCGUGCCUUCCUCAUCACACUCACACUCCUGCUCACCAUGUCUUAUUGGCUCUUCUAUGGGGUCCGGAUCCUUGAUGCUCAGGACGAGGAUUACCACGGCAUCGUCCAGUUUGCUGUGUCCCUCGUGGACUCCCAGCUGUUUGUUCACUACCUGGCAGUCGUACUUCUGGAACUCCGCCAACUCCAGCCCUGCUACAGCGUGUGUGUCAUCCGCUCCACAGAUGGAGAGACUCGUCACUACAACAUAGGACAGCUCAGCAUUCAAAGGGCCGCUCUGUCCAUUUUGGAGUAUUACUACAGAGAUUUUCCACUCCAUAACCCAGCCCUUCUCUCUGCUUCCAAACACCGAGCUGCCAAACACCUGGCUGGGUUAAAGGUCUACAAUGUAGAUGCCCCAGGGAAUGCAGCAGGGGCUCAGCCAAGUAAUGGAAAUCAGUCACGGGCUAUGGUUACAGCUGCCGGCAAACGUAAAGACAGCGCCCACAAUGAGCUGUACUACGAGGAAGCCGACUAUGAAAGAAGAGUCCGUAAACGUAGAGCCAGGCUGGUAGUUGCUGUUGAGGAGGCGUUCACACAUGUCCGCCGCAUGAAGAAAGAAGACGAGCGUGCAACACCGUCUGACAUUAUGGAUGUGCGAGAGGCAGCUCUGGCUAUAUUUCCUUCUAUGGCUCGGGCCCUGCAGAAGUACCUCCGCACCACCAGGAGGCAACACUGCCACAGCAUGGAGAGCAUCCAGAAGCAUCUUGCUUUCUGCCUGGUCAAUAAUAUGAGUCCUAAGGCCUUCCUUGAGGCUUAUCUGGUGCCUGGUCCAACCCUGCAGUACGGCCCCGAGCGCUGGAUGGCUGAUCAGUGGACCUUAGUGAGCGAAGCAUCUGUGACCAGCGGCAUUAAACAGGGGACAGAGUUCCUUCUGAAGUGUCUCGACUUUAGCUUAGCCAUCACCAUCAAGACCAUCCCUUAUAUCCGACUGACCGAAGAGUACAUCGAUCCCAAGUCGCACAAGUUUUUACUGUUGCUCCAAUCAGAAACUUCAGUUUAACGGCGGCAGAGUGGACGAGCGCUGCUGCUCUGGACUUGCAGAACUGUUGCAGUUACUCAACUGAAUUUUUUCAAGAAAUAUCUUUUUGUACUGUUUUUUGUACCUAUGUUUAUGUAGUUUUCUCACAUAUAGAGUAUUUAUGUCUUUGUCUUUGUCCCAGGAGUCUUGAAAGAUGAUAAAAGACAGAAAAUGAGGAGAAAUGCACUGAAAUGUUCUCUGUCGUGACGUUUGCAGAACACAGUUCAGUUAUGUCUCUAUGCACUACAGAUGACCCUCACAAACGUUUAGCUUCCUUUACGUGCAUGUGCCGGUGCGUGCCUGCAUAGGAGCGGUUGAGAUUUUUAGAAUGCAAAUGUGUGUGUCAGUGUGGUUUUUAUCGUAGUGUACACUGGGGUCUGUCUCUCUCCAAGACAUUUGAUAUAAACUGAACCUCUCUUUUUUCAGUCUAAGCAGUUAUUAUUUAAUUGUCUUGUAUUGGAAAUGUAUGUACAGUAUUUAUACGUGAAUAUACUUUAUCCCUACAGACUUUUUAUACCAAAAUCAUUUAUCACUUGAAUGAUUUUUUUUAAUCAUUUCAAACAUUUUUUCUACCCUGUCUGUCUGCGCUGUACUUGUUACGAUAAUUGGACUGUAGAUAGACGUGUUUGUAAUUGUCAGAUCAUUCAAAGAAGUCUCAUGUACUAAAAAAAUGCAGAAGAAGACUGCCAAAAUCAUAAAUAAAUGGAUUUGUUAAACGUAAUUAAUAUUAAAAAAAAUCAAAAUAGGCCAUCAUUUAUAAAAAGGUGUCAUAAAUUUCUGUACUUAGCUGAUGAGAGACAGCUAGGUUUCUUGUGUACUGGCAUUGAUCGACCAAUCGGAUGGGCCAUGUAUUUGCACAGUGAAGCUGAAAUUAUAAAAAGAAUUAAAGCAGACAAAUAUAGAAACCUGACUGUCCUACUGUGGGAGCGGUGGAGCCUGUCCCAGCUCCAAUACCUAAAUAAAGAAACUAAUAUCCAUAAAAAAAAAAUGUAACCACUUAUCCAAUUCAGAGUUGGGCGGAUGGCUACACCUGAAUACUGUUACGAUAUUUCAUGUGUAUUUUUUAAGCCUUUUGUAUUCAUAAGGCAUGUGAAAUAAUAUGUAAAAUAAUAUGUAUUUAAUAAAAGUAAAAGUUAACAUGACACACAAAAGUAAAUAAAUUGGAAAACUGUUAUCAUUCAUAAUUCAUUUAAAAAAUCCAUUUAUUUUAAAUAUUUUCAUGCAUUUAAAGAUUUAUUUAUUUUUGAUUUUGCCAGUUGCAGUCUUCAAUAAACGCCACUUACACUACAACUGCAUACAGACAGUUUAGUCAGUACUUAGGGAAGGAACAUAUCUUAAUACUUGUUAUGUAUGUGUAAGUGUGUGCAGUGUGCGCUGAUCCGAUGUGUGAGCCAGCAGAAUAUUAUUUGGACAGGUUAUAGAAAUCACAUUUCAAGUUAAAAUUUUACCCACUGCUGUAUUAUUUCAGAACAUAUGGCCCUGAUUUUCAUCUCGAUUUGGUUUAUUAUCAUCGCUCCAUGUAAUGUAAAUCUUGUUGGCCAGUGUCCGAUAAUCAGCCACGAGCUUAACGCAACACACAACCUAAAGGAUUACCUAAAAUCAGAUUUCUGAAGCAAUUUCAAAAGAUUAAGUACUUAAUGUACAAAUUAAAUCACCCACUCCAAAAUUAAUAUUGCAUUAUUUCUUUCUGCAAGCAUUCAGGAAUCAAAAAAACAAGAGUAAUAACUUAUUGUGAACAACUCAACUCAGUAUCAGUAUUUGUGCUGCCAGUAUUGGACACCAGGGUGUCUCACUACUGCCACCUGCCUACAACUACUGGAACACUGUUCUAGGCUGUUAAUGAGUGAGGAUAUUUGAUGUGUAUUUUUUAAACUUUUUCUACUUAUAAGGCUUGAUGUGUUGUAAAUUUAUAUUUACAAGAGUGUUACUGUGCUUACAGAGGGUGUAGUUUUGUUUUGGACUCUUUAGGGGUGUUGGUGGUUGUAAAUACCUUCUCUUGUACGACUACACACGUGCCUCGGUUUGACAUAUUUAGGAUGUGCUCGGCAUACAUGUGGGGUUUUUCAAGUUUGUGUGUUUCAGCAUAUGUGUGUGAGAAAGAAACAGAGUAAAACAGAAAAGAAGAAAACACAGAGAUCGCUUUCCCAAAUGUCCAAAUGUGAUGCAGCUGACAGGUCGUGAGUUGCCCCCGUCUCCUUUUAUACAGCAUAACAUUCAACAUUAAUGCAGCGGUGUCAAAGUCACAUUUGUACAAAAAAUAAAAUAAAAUAAAAAUGAACAAAUAAAUAUUUGUACUGAUGUUUUCAGGGAAUUUGAUUGUUGUUCUACUUCCAUGUAGUGACGAUUAAUAAGUGCGGUGGUGAAGUUUUAAAAGAUUUAACUACAUUUACAGUUACUUAGUUAUGGAAGCUACUACUACUUCUGGCUCCUUUAUGUGGCAUCUAAGGCUUACAGUUACUUUGAUUUCAUAUUAUAUUAAUUAUGCAGCAAGAUGUGUAUAUUUUUGUAAUAUUCUUUGUGUAAAAAAUGCUUAAAUUUAUUAGACCACCACCCAGUUAAGGUUAAUGCCACAGCUGUCCUAAAUUAACAGCGUUGUGUAAUUACCAAAACAUAUUUUUUAAGGUUUCUGUAAUGGUUAAUCCACCAGAGUCUGCAAGCUUCAUACUUGAAAUGCUAAAAUACAAUUGUUCUUGUACCGCUUUACAUAAAAGCAGAAAAAAAAACAUAAAGCACGUUAUUAUUUUUGAUUCAGAUAUCAGAUUAGUUAGAGUUACUUACUUUCCAGUUACUUAAAGUUACUUUACGUUCCUAAAAUGUGUUUUACUGGGUUGAAUGGCGAUUAAAUUCGAUUAAAUUCUUCUAGGAGACGUUUACCAGCUCAAAUUUGGUUAUAAAAACUUUAUUAUUAGUUAUGAUCAGUUAUCUGCCAAAUAAAUCACUUUUUUGAGGGAGAUAUUUCCAAAAUAUUUGUUCUUUUAUGACAGGUGGUCUGACAAACUUGUUAACCAUACAUAUUUACAUACAAUAGUAGCAUUAUUGUAUGUGAAUAAGGAAAUUUCAUGUAAUUUGCUUUCGUGUGAAGUGUAUUUUUGGCAUAAUUAACAUAAUAUGUUUGCAAUACCAUAAUUCCUUACUCAUUGCUACACAUAACUUAAUUUAUGGACAUCUAUGGUUUGAUUUCAUUGCAUCUGUGGGUUGGGUGGAUUGUUCGGGACUUAUUUCACCUGCUGUAUAUAUGUGUGUUUGUUUUUUAGCCUGCACCCCUUUGUUCCUUUGUCUCUUCUAAAAUCUUUUCUAAGAUCCUCACCUAGAACCCAGACACAGGGAAAGUUAUCUUCUCAGUCAAAAAUGACAUUUAUGGAUAUUAUUUCUUUUUAAUAUUAAUAGCAGGCACACAUUAAGUGCAAAAAUUACCUUUUUAAAAAAUUAACUUAUUGUAGCAUAAAGCUGAUGCGCUGAUAUCCACAUUAGACACUCUGAAGAAGAAACAGUGGAUA